UAAUAACUAACUAAUCUAUAUAUACCACACGUCCAUCCUUCCGACCUAUAUAUUUUUGUCAAAGUUGCAUGCCGAUAAUCUCGUUUGUAACCCCAGGAGAAGGCCUGGCGGCUCAAGGCAACCAAAGCAGAUGGCAUCUAAAACUACCCAGCCGGCACCAAAGCCGAUCGCAGGCUACUACCACACCGUCGACCCUAACUAUGGAUCGUCGCAGGAAGGUAGUAGCAAUAAUCACGUCUUCGUCCCAUCGCAAUCGACUGCCAGCAACGACGGCAGCCAAUUUCCCCUCGAUUUUCUCCCCAGCGGCACCGAUGGCGGUGGCUGGGAGAUCGCGGACAGCCGUGGCAGCCUCCUACUCCUCUACCGCGGCGUCAAGCUCCCCAACAUCUUCGACGCCGCCAAGGGUGCGAACCCAGGACUCGUCGUGUGCGAGCCGAUGACACGGCAAUACAAGGAGGUCCCCUGCAGUCCUGAAGACGACCUCAAAGGGCACAAGUGCCUGGGCCUGUUCUUGCUCCAUGGCGACAAAACCAGACGAUUUUGCGGCGGCGGCAUCGACAUCAGCUUGUCCAACUUCAAAGUCAUGGCCGCGCUGCUCCGGCCGCACUGCUUCAGCUCCGGCCAUGGCGUGCCAGUGGCCUGCAUGUUCUCCAGGAGUAGCGUCUCCUCCGUGUUUUCCAUGGAGCGCGAGGUGAAGGGCGCAUGGAGGAGCAGCGUCUUCUCCAUUGGAAGCGACUGGCACAUCGUGAAGAGGGCCUGGGGCGUCCAGGGGAUCGACGUUCCCAGCACGAUCGAGUCCUUCUACUUGGCCGGCCGUGCGUGCGGCUCCCUCUACUGGGGCAUCGAAGGCACCGCCGGCGUGGCGCUCGUUCUCGACGAGGACACCGCGGGGUUCUCGACGGCCGUGCUCCCGGAGGCCACGCUCGGAUCGCACGGAAGAUGCAGCUUCCGGGUCAUCGGCGGCGGCGACGGCGUGAUGCACGUCGUCCGCGUGAUUGACAACGACCUCCUCAAGGUCUACACUCGGAUCCAUGGCGGUGAUGACAAGUGGGUGGUGGAGCGUCUGGUGCGGCUGCGGGAGGCCACCGGCGAGCUGCCGGGCCGCGAGGACGGCUAUUUCCAGGGUGAGGCUGUUAUUGUGGAUGCGCACGACACGUACGUGCUCUUGACGCCACGGGAGAAGACGUGGCUCUUCUCCGUCGUGCUCGAGACCAUGGAGGUCGACCGUGGACAUGAGAGAAACAAGUACGCCGGGCCAGGGUACCCAUGGGAGCUGCCACUGCCAGUGCGAAAGCCAUGGUCGCCAAUCUCCCGACUCUUCUCUUGCAUUGAGAUCUAGCAGCCAUGCAUGUCCACAAUGCCGUGGCCUGUACGUACGUACCUAUGCGUCAUCAAGAUAGAUUGAUUCAGAAAACCAGCUUGGGCCAUCAAGAUAUACUUCGAGUCUACUGUGAAGAUGUCAAAUAAAGAGUAGAAUAGAUAGAUUGAUUCUCCUUUGUUCAGGAAGUUCUUUUUUUUUUUUUGCGUCAGGUCAAGUGAAGUUUGGUUCCUUUUUGUCGUGGUUUUGUUUGAUUUAAUUAACUGUGUUUAUUUAGCCAAUUUCAUUUAAUAAUUUUUUAAGGCUCAUGUUAAACGGAUCAUUAGAAGUUAUGUGUUUUAUUAAUUGCACGCGAACACAACCUUUAGCACCCGGUUCUAUUUAGUCCUUGUUUACUUCGCUAAAAUUUUUGGCUUUGG